UUUUCCUUUUUACAAGUUUUUCUUUCAGAUGUGGAUGGAGUAAUGGUUUUUAAAUAGAUAUAACGGGCACCAGUGGAACUACAUGUACAAUUUGAUGCAUGUUUCGCCUCAAAUGAAUUGGCUACCAGUGAGCAACAGACUGCGUGUACACGAUUCGUACACGGAUGCUGUACGUACGUCAAUGUAUGGGGAUAUACGCAGCAGCUCUUCGAUCGCAGUAUCGCAGGCAGACGUAGACUGGUCAUGCACGUCCACCGUACCACCACCGACGCCCGUCUACGGUUUAAAAAGGCUACAAACUGACAAACUGUUGAGCCACAAAAAUUAACAAAAUACACUUUUAAUGUCGGUGGAAAGUGACCCACGAAUAAUACAAGUCUUGUUUUCUGCCACGCAUGCAAAUGGAUGGAUGGAUUGUGUGUCAGGUUUGAACGCGAACGUUGUUUUUCUUGAUUGGAUUUUACGAGAAGUGACGAAUUUAUUAUCAACGCGUGACAGUCUCCAGCAGGACCAGUCACUCGAUCCGGAAGGUAAACGAUGCUAGUGGAAACUGAAUACUUCGACACCAACCAAGCCAUUUUCAUAUGAAACUAUUAUUACUCGGCUUUGAGAAAUAUUCAACUCCGAUGCAUAAUUUAUAAGUGAAGAAUAUGAGUGUUGAUGCACUGGGUAAGAGAACGAGUAUUCUUUGACAUGUUUGAUGAUUUGGUGAAACUGAGUUUGUGAUCAUUUUUGGGGGCUGGAAUUGGAUUCGCGUCAGUGGAAGCAGGUUGGUCCUGCACACAACAGUUAGUGUAUACAGACUAUACCGUUACUGCAGUGUUGCACUGUGAACGCCGUGUACCAAAUUAUCACAAUGGCCGUAGGCUUAGCCGGUGGUUGCAGAUGUUCUCUUAAAACAGAAAUGAUGGACAGGAGUGCAGACAACCAAACUGGGAACUCUUCCAGCAAGAGAUAUACCAGCACAAGAAGGAUUUACUGCGGUAGAUGGUCGUGGAUGCUAGCUGCUUGGUUCUUGCACAGUUGCGUCUGGAUUGCUUCAUCCGCCCUGCCACCAGCACCAUCCAUCAUCACACCCCCGGCAGGCUUCGAAUUGCUUGCGGACAACACGGUGUUCCUCACUUGUGAGGCGCGUGGCGACUCCCCACUGGAGUUCCAGUGGCUAAAGGACGAUCUGAUCCUGGGGUCCUACGAUACGCAAGGGAAGAGGCACUGGCUGGAGGACAUAGCGCCAACGGACGCUGGGGAGUACAGGUGCCGGGUGCGGAACGCCAUUGGCACUGUCAUGAGCACGAGUGCAGAGAUACACAUUUAUUAUUUGGAUAGUUUCACCGGAGUGGACCGGACAGAGACUGCCACAGCCGGGCAGGCCGUCUUUCUAUCUUGUCCUGAUAUAGAUAGCUAUCCAGAGGUGGAAAUCAAAUGGCAGAAGGACGGUGUAGACGUCAACAGCGACAAUAAAAUCCUGACACUGGACAAUCGGCUGGUCAUCUUGGAUACCUCCAGCGCAGACCAAGGGGCGUAUACGUGCCUAGCUUCCAAUGAAGUUCUAAUGGAAAGCAGAACUAGCCCAACGAUUACACUUAAUGUCCAGGGUUCGAGUCCACCCAGUGUAGUGCCUUCGAUAGCCGUUCCGCCACGCGACACGGCUUUGCAAGGGGGAGACGUUGACUUGGAGUGCAUAGUCAAUGCAAGACCUCUCACAGACCUUGUGAUAACUUGGAAGCACGAUGGCAUUGUCCUGCAGACCGGGGGGACCGAGUCGUUUCAGUUGCCCAUCUUUAAUCCUUCGCAUAGUGACGAAGGCGCGUAUGAAUGCGAAGCGAAGAUGUCUGGGUCCGCCGCUACCGUUAGUGCCACGGCAAAUCUGACAUUGCACAAUCGUGGCCCUCCGACCUUUACGGAUCCGCCCCCGCCAGAAGAAAUCAGUCCAGCCGCCAGCGACGUGACGAUGUCCUGUGGGGCAGCUGGCAUCCCCCAGCCCACCAUCACCUGGUUCCGUAACACGGUGGACGUCACCACCCUGGGGUUGAGCCGAUUUCAGGUGCUGGAUAGUGGCUCACUGCAGAUCACAAGCACUCUAGCUACAGACGCCGGUAUGUACCAGUGCCUGAUUAGUAACGAUGCCGGGGAAGAUAUCAAGGACACCUGGUUGCAGGUCAGAGAAAUUGCACCGACGUUCUCCAGCGUGCCCCAAGACACCACUAAGAUAGAAGGGGAGCCGGCCACUAUAUCCUGCCAGGCCAACGGAGCGCCUCAACCAACCAUUACAUGGCUCAAAGAUGGUUCAAUUCCAGUGGCUGACGAUUUGAUCCAGGACAAUGGCGAUCUCUUCUUUGCCAGUACGCUGGCGAGCGACAAGGCGGACUACACGUGCAUCGCUGACAACGGCGUGGGUAUAAUCAACGCUACCGCACGGCUGACUGUUUACUUGCCGACGGUCAUCCAAACCCCACCGCAGGACACAGCGGUUCAGCUGGGCAUGUCAGUCGUCAUGACCUGCGUGGUGCAACACGACCCCAGUGUGACGGUCACGGUCCAAUGGAACCACAAUAGCGCCCCGGUGGACACGGACGCCAGCUCCAGGGUCAACCUGCUGCCCUCGGGCUCGCUGGAGAUCACGCAGGCCCGGCGCGGCGACAAGGGCGCGUACGAGUGCGUGGUGACGUCGGUGGCUGGCAACGGGAGGGGGAACGCCACGUUGACCAUUCAGGAAUUGCCACAGAAGCCCACCAAUGUCCUAUCCAGGAUCAGCAGCAGUGACUCCCGAACCAUUGAGCUGAGCUGGGUAGCCCCGUUUGAUGGAAACUCUCCCUUGCUGCGCUACAUCAUAGAGCAAAAAGAAGACGAGUCGUCGUUCGGCGUGAUAGAUUCCAGCGUGGAUCCCAGCCUGACCAUGUUCCAGGUGGUGGGAGUCAUCCCAUCCAGGAGCUAUCAGUUCAGAGUGACGGCCGAGAAUGGACUGGGCCGUGGGGACAAGAGUGACCCAUCCACGGUGCUGCACAUACCCGAGGAACCCCCCGAUGAAGCUCCGGAUAACAUGGUGACUAGCGCCAUCUCUACUACCUCCAUUAUUGUGGAGUGGCAGACUCCGCCAGAAGACACCUGGAACGGUCCCCUACAGGGCUACAUCCUGCGCUUCAAGCUGUACGGCUACACCUCCACCCCCUACACCAUGAUCAACAUCACCAGCAACCGUCAGACCUCAUACACCCUGCAGGACCUGGACAUCUGGACCCGCUAUGAGAUCCAGGUGGCUGCUUACAACAGGGCUGGAGUCGGCACGUACAGUCAGUCGGUAGAUCAGAGAACCAAAGAAGGAGUGCCCAGUGAAGCACCUCGCAAUGUGCAGACGACCGUGGUGAAUUCCACAGCCAUCCACUUCCAGUGGCAGAAGCCAGACCCACAAACCAUCAACGGUAUCAACCUGGGCUAUAAGUUGCACGCCUGGCUAAACGGAUCAGAGAACGCCAAGAUUGAAGUCAUCGUCGAUGCGGAGCCAGGCAGCACAACCCAGGAAGGAACGAUCAGCAAUCUUAAGAAGUACACUGAGUACAAGACCAGCGUGCUGUGCUUCACUAGCCCUGGAGAUGGACCCGCGAGCCCCACCGUCACUCUCAGGACACAUGAAGAUGUCCCUGGACCAGUAGGUAGCCUGGAGUUCAAAGAUGUCCUGGAUACAUCCCUCAAAGUGAUAUGGACUGAACCGACAGAGACCAACGGUAUCAUCACAGACUACGAGAUCCAAUGGCAGGAGUACAACACAACAGCCACCAACCAACCCAUAACAUUACCCUCAGACCAGCGUGAGUACACGGUGACCGGCCUGACAGCUACCACCAAGUACAGCCUGGUCAUGUGGGCCCUGACCUCAGUGGGUCGCGGCACCCCGACAGAGACUAGCUUCAGCUCUGGAGUACCGCCUUUACGACCGGACCCUCCCACCCAGCUGGCCAUCUCCAACAUCCAGUCCCGCAGCAUCAACCUCCAGUUUGUCCCCGGCUUCAACGGUCACACCAGCAUCUCCACCUGGAUCGUGGAGGCCCGGGUUGGCACCAGCCAAGACUGGCUCAACAUCUACGAGCACCAGGACCCGGACUCGCGGGGGUUCCUCAUCCCAGACCUCAUCCCUUACAUGGAUUACGUCUUCAGGCUGCGGGCCGAGAACGUGGUCGGGGAGAGCGCGCCCAGCCAAGCCACCAGGAAGAUACAGACUCUGCAAGACACACCUGAAAUUGCCCCCCGUGAGGUGACUGUGCGCGCCCAAACUGAAACAUCGCUUAGAGUCCGUUGGGUGCCCCUACUUGACAGAGAGUGGAGUGGCGAGCCCAUCGGGUACCACAUCUACUGGCAGGAGGUCAACGCCACGACCCCUAACCCUACCCAGGGCACCCAUGACCUCCUAGACCCAUACAUGGGAGAGUACGUCAUCGAGAGCCUGCAGGAGUGGACGGCGUACUCGGUACAGAUCGAGGCAUAUAACGAGAUCGGCGUGGGACCCAUCAGCAAUCCACUCAUUGUCAGGACUAUUGAUACAGUUCCCAGCUCGGGGCCAGCCAACGUUGCAGCGAGUGCUACUGGUGCUUUUGUCAUAGACGUGACCUGGGGCAGUGUGCCAAAAAUUGAUCAGAACGGUGCCAUUCUGGGAUACAAGGUACUUUACCACAUUACGACGUCCCCUUCCGAGCAGCAGACCCUGGACGUCCCUGGCGAGGCCUCGAUGAGCAGCCAGCUGACGGGAUUGCGAGGGUACACGCGCUACACACUGAGCGUGCUCGCUUACACGCGCAUGGGGGACGGCGUCGCCAGCAGCCCCGUGGAGGUGGAGACGCAAGAGUCUGUUCCGGGCCCACCCACUGGUAUCCUGUUUCCAGAGGUAACCAACACCUCGGUAAAGAUGAUAUGGGAGGCGCCUGUGGAACCAAAUGGUGUCAUCCAAAGCUACAGGGUAAGCUACCUGCAAGAAGGUUUCCCAGACAGCUUCAAGCAGACGACGGAUGUGGGCAUGAACCAGAAAUUCACUGUCUCGACAGGCCUGUAUGUCAACACCAGGUACUCCUUCAGUGUGGAGGCCAAGACUAGACUGGGCUGGGGAGCAGAGGCCACCGCCAUCGUAAUCACCACCAACGACAGGACUGCCCCCACUGCUCCCUCCAAGCCCAGCGUGGACUACAUCCGCAGUCGAGAGGCUCGCAUCUCCUGGACCCCUGGAUCGGACGGCAACGGUCCCCUCCGCUACUACAGCAUCCAGGUCAAGGAGGGCGCCGGUAGCUUCCAAGACCGCGACACCAACGUCGACCCUAGCGUCAUCUCUUAUGUCGUGGACAAGUUAUCGCCGUACACAGACUACCAGUUCCGUCUGCGAGCCCACAACGAUAUUGGCCCCAGUCCCGACAGUGAGGAAUCUGACGUCAUAUCAACUGAACAAGAUGUUCCUGAUGGAGAGCCCGGCAUUCAAGAAGUGACCCCGAUCACUCCAACAUCUGUGCGAGUCAUUUGGACGGCCCCACCCAGCAGUACCCACAAUGGCCCCCUUCAAGGCUACCGCAUCUCCUACACCGAGCUCCCCGACGCCAGCCCGGUAGAGCGUGUCACCACGGACCCAUCCCAACUGGAGUACCAGCUGAUCGAUCUUCUCAAGUACCAGGACUACGAAGUCAAGGUCAGGGCUUACAACGCCAAGGGGGCCGGGCCGUACAGCCGGCCUGUCAUGGUCUACGUCGGAGUAGCAACUCCAUCAGCAGCUCCUAGUAAUGUUGGAGCGUCUGGAGGAAGCGCCUCCUCACUGCGUGUUACAUGGGAUGCCCUACCCGAAGAGGCCCAGAAUGGAGGACUACAGGGAUACAAGAUCACUUAUUGGGAGACCCCAACCGAGCUGCGCAUCGCCCGUGCGGCGCCCAUCAAGUACACCAAGACGUUCCCCAGCCAGGACACGGAGGCCAGCCUAGACGGACUCAAGUGCUUCACCGAGUACUCGCUGACGGUGAUCGGGUUCAACUCGGCUGGGGACGGACCAGCCAGUGGGGAGAUAACCAGUACGACGGAACAGAGUGUUCCCGGUAUCCCGUCAGCAGUCGGUUUCCACCGCAUCAGGAUGACGUCUCUGAAUCUGACGUGGGCACCCCCAGAACUCCCCUGCGGUGAAGUCGAUGGGUACCAAGUCUACUAUGAGAGUGUCACGCCGAUAGAUGGUGAGAUAUCCACCAUCACCGUGGAGAUCAACGGUCCCCAACUGGUGUACAGCGUGGAGAAGCUGGGAGAGUUCGCCGAAUACAUCUUCCGUGUCAAGGCUAGGACCAGGGGCCGUAGCUAUGGUCCAUACCGAGAGGCUAAUGUCACCACUGGACCGCAAGAGGGUAAGCCAGGCAGGCCUGACUCCCUCACGGUGGAGGAGAUGGACGAUGCCUUCAAGCUGGUCUGGACUCGUUCUGAGAACACUGGUGCCUCGGAACUCAUCGGUUACAUAUUGGAAAGCCAAGAAGAAGGCCGUUCAGAAUGGGAAACCCAAACGGACUCGGUGAGCCCGGACGUCUUGUCCUACAGCGUAUCGUAUCGUAACCUGAAGGCCUCCACCAAGUACAAGUUCCGUGUGAUGGCCGAGAACCAACAGAGUAUCAGCUUCCCAAGGACCACGACGGGCAUGAAAACCACCCCAGCAGGCGAGAACACUGCCCAACCAGACCCAGGUCUGACCAUGAAGAAGUUCUAUGAGGAGUGGUGGUUCCUGAUCAUCGUCGGUCUGGUUGUUCUUAUUGUUCUCAUCCUCAUCACUGCCACCUUGUGUAUGCUGGGCAAAAGCCGUAUGUAUAAAGAGAGGAAAGCUCACCAUCGUGUCAACCAGGAGGAGCAGCUCAGCAUCGACGACGGCAGCCUGUCAGCAGCCUUUGAGAUGCAGCAGGGCAACGGGACCAACGGCCGGUCUACCGGCGGGCGGGGACGGGGAAGGGGCGGCAUUAAGAACGGGGUGUACUCACGGACCAACUCCUACACUAGACCCCCACCCAGGCCCAGCCCAGGCAGCAUCGAGUACUCCGAGGAAGAAGAGAGCAAACAUUACGAGGCGGUCCAUCGACGGCCCGACCCAGAGCAAGACGAGACGUCUAGCCUGACUGAGAAGGGCGACCUGCAAUCCCAGUCAGAUUCACAGUCUUCAUAUAAGGGCUCAGAGAGCGACAUCGAGUACACGGAAGACCCCCACUCCUUUGUCAACCACUACACCAACGUGCCCGACAGCACCUACCCUAGCCACUCCUGGCGACGUCAGAAGGGUCCCAAGGCCUACAGCUACACCGACAGCGAGUCGGACAUGCACAGCAUUCACAUCAACGGGCUGGCUGGUAUGCCGGCUGGUUCCCGGGCCCCGCUCCACGGAUUCUCAUCCUUCGUAUAGCAAAGUUGCUAACAUUCGAACCUUUCCCCUCCAAACUUUGAGCCGAAUUUGUAAAUUUUUAUCCAAAAUCUAUUUCAUACUCCACACGAAUGUGAGUGCCAAGUGAAUUGACGUCACAAAUUAGUCAUGGAAUUUGCUGAUGUUGAAGUGUCUUCAACUUUCGUAAAUUUACCUGCCAAUUCUAGCUGUGAUGUCAAGAAAUUUACAUUCAUUUGAAAUAUGUCCCAACCUUAGAAGAAGACCUGGAAUAUUGUUGGAAGUAUUUUGAAGGAGUUAUGGACUGAUUUAUAAAAAAAAUUAAGAAAUGAUUUUAAAUUUUUGUUAGGGUUUGUGUUGGUCUAUUAAUAGUGUGGUGUUUGCGGAGCAUUUUACAUUAUGUCAAAGGAAUGAACGUUUUUGGCAUGAUCAUUGCAAAAAAAUGUGUUCAAUUUCAACAUAAUGUGAGAAAAAAAUCCACCUUUCUUAAAAAAGUACCGUGUGAAUGGAGCUUGUAAGCAAAAUAUUGGAGAAAUUUUAUCUGAUGAGCAAGUGUAAGCAAUAAUGCUAAGUAAAGGCUACACUUUUUGUACUAAGCAGAAUGGUCAUGCUGAUCAUCUUCAUGAAACUGGCCCAAUGCGCAUGGCUACAAUUGUUGGUGGUUAAACAUUUUAUCACAAAACAAUUUGUUGGAUACAUUGCAAAGGUUCGUUUGUGAAGUUUUGGGAGGGGGGUGCACAGGAAUAGCCCAAAUCAGGAUGAUGCCCAAGUUGGAAUUGAGACCAACGUGAUACAGUGCUUGCUUUGCUGAACAGGAAUAAACGGCUGAAUAGUGUUAUAUAUAAUGAAUUGAUAAGCUUGUUGGCCCAAGGCCGAGAUUGUACAAAGUAUGAAGAUAGAGCUAAGUUAAUAUGGACACUGUCGUGCUUGGAGAGUCUACAGAGAUUUUGUUUUUAAUUUCUGUUCUCACAAAAUGUAUACGUAAGGAAAGUGGCCCACCUGUAGAAGUGAGAUGCUGAAACAUAACCACAGCACCGAUGUUUAUUUUGAUAGAAGGAAAGAUGUCCGACAACAGAAAGUCUACUGCCAUAAUGAUGUGAAGUUAUCCCCAAUACGUAUCUCAGUACAAAAUACAAUGGUGCCAAAUUUUUUACAAAGUCGAAAUAAUUUCGUACGUGAUGUCAGUGCCUCUUUUUAUCCAACAUUUUACUAAUAGGGACGUAAGUUGAUAGGACUAGCCUAGAUUAAAAUCACAGUGCUUCCCAGAGAUAAUUCAUUCCAUUCCAUAAUCUUAGGUGUAUUACUAGGGAAGUUGUAACAAAAAAUAACUAUUAAUUAAUUCCAUUGUUAAAUAAGUAUCUGUUUUCGUACUCCUUAUUACAAUUUUCUUACCUUUUGCUUUUGAUUUUUAAAAAGACUUGUUUUACACGUCUGGUUUUUUUUUUAUUAUUUAAAAUACAUUUUUUUGUGAGGUGUAAACUGUGUCACUGUAAACGAGAUGAUUUUACCACAUUUUGAAAAUUAAAAAAAAAAACUUUUAAUUUUACAGGUCCAUUAAUUGCCCACUGAAUAAAAACUAUAGUACUGAAUAAAUUUACUUUUUUCUGAAUAUGCCAAAAUACAAAAAUAGCAACCAUCGGGUGUAAGAAAUGGCAAAAAACUUGCAGUACUCUGAAUUUCAGUAAACAUUCUCGCUUAAUCUGUUCCUGAGAAAAAUCUUACAUUAACGUUAUUUAUAUGAACAACAUUUUGAUUUGGAAAUUUUGUGUUUCUUAGUUGAAUGUCCUUCACCAAUCAUAUAAUAAUAAACAUCUAAAUGCGUUAUUAUUAUUUUGUUUUUGGUCUUCCCUUAAGGGUUGACAAUCUUUUUGUUCCUUUUAAAGUCAUUAGAAUGUCAAUUUUUAUCAUUAGUGUAAAUUUUCGAAGAGAUGAACAUAUUAUUACCAUUUUGCUGUAAAUAUUCUUUAAACGACUUUUCGUUUCUUUCUGAUUGCAAAACAUAUCCAAAAAGUGAAUUUAGUAGACUUUGUAUUCGUUACUGUAUUGAUGAUUAGGCAAACAUCUGAAAUGAGUCGUUGUGUGUAUCUCGCACACACAAAAAUUGCAAUAUAUUCGGAGGUUUCAUGCAGGCAUUAAAACAAGUGGCAUUUUGUUAGGAAGUUGUAAUAUGCAAGUGCAAAGUGAGAAUUAAGUGAAUGUUAUCCACGAAGACAUGAGCAUGUUAAAAAUAUAUUCCAAUAUGGUACCAAUAUUUAGUGCUCUUCUAUAUAUGUUUAAAGCUUUCUCUUCAUACAUAACAGGUGCAUUGAACACAGAAACUUUUGGAAGAGAACUGCAUCUAGAUGUUGUUUAAAAACAGGUGAUUUUGAGUUGGAAGAACAUAAAUUCAGUGUGAUAGAUUAUAUCCUGAACGACUUUUAAAAAGGUCACUGAAAUUAGCCGUUCUAUCCACACUGAAAAAAAUUACCCUAAUUGGUCCAAUUAUUUGCUAAAAACUCUGAUCAAAAUAUUUUCUAAAUAAUGUCCAAACUUAAACUAAAUGUGUUCCAUUGACCAAAGUUAAGUCAGUUUGAUAACUCACUGGAAUUUGAAAACGUGAGCAAUUUAAGGUAGCAGCGAAACGUUAUCUUUAAAUCACCAUCGUUGACCUGGUGAGAUUUCUUUCUGUUUUUCAUACGAGUAUGGACCAAUGUUUAGGUCAAUGCAUUUCUAUGCAGUUGUCACUGAAAUUUGAAACACAAUAAUGAAUGCCUUUGUUUAUGCAGCGUACACAGAGUAAAGAUGUGAAGGGUUGUACAUUUUUAGGGUUUUUGUUUUGUUCAAGUUUUCAUUGACUAAAUGAGUUGUGUUAGUACUUUUUUUAACUUGAUUAAAUUGCAUGACUUUUUGAAAACCGAUUUAUUUUGACAUUUUUACCCUCCGAAGAUAAUGUAAAUGCUGCGUGGUCCCUAAUCUGCCAAUGUAUUCCGUUGACAUUAUAAAAACUUUUUAUUUGCUGUGUUACUCCCGCAUUUGCUUAAAUUAAACUGCAAAUUUAUUCGCUUUUUUCUUUGCAAUGUUUUAAGCUUGUAAUUCCGAACAGUUAAUUCCUGAUGAUGAAAAUGCAUGUACAUGUAACUGUUUAGUUUAGCAUUUCAUUUUAGCAAAAUCACAAGUCUUUUAAUACCAGCGUCGUGUUCAAGUCUGUCAUAGGUAUAAUCGUAAGUCUUCUGAUUGACUUGUGAUAUUCUUAUAAAGACUUGUGAUGGACUUGACGACUGUUAUGCAUAAUUUGUUAUGCAAAUUUUAUGACUGACACAUAAACGCAUUGAUUUCAAUCUGAAUUUGAUGAUCGUUUUUUUUUAUUACAAAGUAGAAUACAAGUUUGUGACUUUUUAUACUCCUGUUAAGAAAAAGGAUUAGCAAAGUUAAGUUUUCAUUUAUCAAAAAUAGGAAGUGCAAAAAUGGAGUUACGUUUCUGUAAUGGAUGCAUUGUUUGUUUUAAAAGCUGAUGGAAUAAGUUAAUGGGUGUACAUAAUCUUUGUUUAAUUAAAUAAAAAGUGCAAGUUUCUAAAGCGUAA